UGUCUUGUCUAGGGUUUUAAUUUGAGCUGAAGAAUCUGUCUCUCUUUCUCCUUUCUUCUCCGCCAGUUUUUGAAAAUCCCCUUUGUCUCUCAAAAUUUCUCUGGUUCUCUCUAAUGGGAAAUACACCGAAACAUAAGGAUGAAGAAGAAGCAGCUAAUGGUGGUGGUAAACUAGACAUUUUUAAAACCUUAUUUGGAAGAGAUUCAACAGAAGAGCCUGGAUUGGGUCUAGUUUCAGAACCUAAAAGCGACAAGAAAAACAAGGAUAAGAAAAAGAAAAGAGAGAAAGAAGAAAAACAUGAUUCUAAUAAUGAGAAGCUCGGUUCAAAUUCUGAUAGUAAUGUUGAUUCGAUAAAGAAGAAGAAGAAGAAGAAGAAGAAAACAGUGGUUAAUUUGGAGAAGAAAGAAGAAGAAAACCCUAAUUUGAAUGUUGCUGAAAAUGAUGAGAAGAAAAAGACGAAGAAGAAAAGAAAGAGAGAUGAGAUUGAGGAUGUAUACGAGGCUAAAGCAUAUGGAGUUGAUGAGAAAAUUGAUGGGAAAAAUGACGAGGUUGGUAAUAUUAAGAGUAAGAAAAAAGUUGGAGAAAAGAGGAAAGUCAGGGAUGAUCCUUCUGAGACGAUGGUCUCAAGAGAGGGUUUUGAUGAUGAAAGCAAGCUUUUGAGAACAGUUUUUGUUGGGAACUUACCACUCAAGACAAAGAAGAAAGCUUUGUUGAAAGAAUUUAGUCAAUUCGGUGAGGUUGAUUCUGUCAGAAUCCGAUCUGUUCCAAUUCUGGAUGGUAAAAUGCCAAGGAAGGGUGCAAUUAUGAAGGGAAGAAUCAAUGAUGCUAUAGAUAGUGUUAACGCCUAUGUUGUCUACAAGGAGGAGAAAUCUGCUCAGGCUUCUUUGUGUCACAAUAUGGCAAUGGUGGGAGGAAAUCAUAUCCGUGUUGACGUGGCCUGUCCACCUCGUAAAAAAUUGAAAGGAGAGAACACUAUACUCUACGACAGUAACAGAACUGUUUUUGUUGGUAAUAUCCCAUUCGAUGUAAAGGAUGAAGAACUUUAUCAGCUAUUUUGUGGGAUAAACCAAUUCGAAUCUAGCAUUGAAGCUAUCAGGGUUAUCCGGGAUCGUAGUACCAAUGUCGGGAAGGGCAUUGCUUACGUCUUGCUGAAAACAAAGGAGGCUGCUAGCUUGCUCGUUAGGAGAAGGCAUUUAAAACUCCGUGACCGCGAUCUGAGGCUUUAUCAUGCUAAGCCAGAAUCUGUACUUUCAAAGAAAAGAGAACUUGCAACAGUGAACAAUACCCCUUCCAAAAGGAUGGCAAUUUCUCCCAGUAAGGAUUAUGUAGAUAGGAAAGUAAAAUCUAAUCUGUCAUACCAGGGGUUACGUGCUACCAAAUCCGGCGUUCAAAAGAAAGAUGGUUCUCGCCCAAGAAGUGGUGAUCGUGGUAUGCAAAAGUCUAGUGAUGGACCAGAACGAAAAGUUCGCGAUAGUAAAAGGCCUGCAGUUGCUGCUAGGAAGGCUAAAGUUCUCAAGAAUCUUGCAGCGAUGAAGGUUGCGGGGACUACACCGAAGCAAACAGGGAUGAAACGCAAAAUGGAAAGUCGGACGCCCCAAAAGUCUGAUAGGAACACAAAACCUAGGAAGUUUAGGUAGGGGGAGGGUCUAAAGGGAGGUUCUCAGUUGGCAGCGCGCUUCAUUCACAUGCUGUGGACCUGUGGUUUCUGCCUGUAACAUUCACUUGCUAUCUUUUAUGUAAUCUCUAUCUACCAAUAGGGCAGUAGUGUUGCUUCUUGCGCAUAAGAGUCGCAUAUACAUUUAAAUAAAUACUAGUAUUUUAAUUUUGUUACUUUUUAGGCUUUACUGAUGAAACGUUAGUGCAUGUUUGUAGGAAUACGCAUUGCCUGUAACAUCACGUACUAAGCUCCGCAAUAGUGCAUGUGUUGGAUUCUGCUUUAA